AUGAGCUAUUGCAACCUAAUAAAAAAAAAACGGUGGUGGCAGACAGAUUUAUUUAUAGGAAGAGAUUCAGUUGCCGCCUUACGAGUAUGUAAGUUGAAACAAGAUUGGUACAAGACCAGCUACAAAACGUUUGCUAAUUUUCAAAACAAUUUUAAAUGCAAGUGGGUACUAGUUAUGUUUGAUUUAACCAGGCAUUUUUUUUUUAGUUUUGAAUUAGUAUUUAAGGCAGGGCUGCAAGAAUACAACACGAACUCUGGAUUCAUCAUUAUAUGGAAACUGGAAUAA